CCUAAUUCCACCUUCCUCUGUCGCUUCUUCUUCUUCUUCUUCUUCUUCCGGACCCACCAGAACUGCCGGAUCUAUCAUCUCCUAUGCGCUUCCCCUCCUCCCAUCUGUUUCCUACAACUUCUAAUUUUGGAUCUCAACCCCUGUGUUGCCGACUCUGUUCAAACUCCGAUGGUGGAUCUGACCUGAUUUGUUUACUCCGUGUCUCUCAGUCUGUUGCUCCUCCUUCUCCGACGAAUUCCCUAGUCUCGUGUAGUUGCAGAGAUUGGUAAUGAUCAAUUGGUUAAGAAAGCUAGGAAGAUUAGUACCGAAUCUCAAUGAAAGAUGAUUUCUCUACAUACUCUGAUUAUCUCAACAACUUCGUGAGUUUCUUUUCAUCUCUUCCCUGUAGAAAAGGUCGAUAGAUUGAAGUAAGGAAAAAACGAGAAUGGAAUCCGUGAAGAGUUCAUUAACAACGGAGUUCCAGCGAGAGUGUUCUCUCCAAGCUUCAUGGAGUAAGCCCAUGUAGAUUUGGGAGACGAAGAUGGUGCAAGCUGGAGUCUUGUCUGGACCAAUCGAUAGGUCAUCAGCUCAAGCGAUGAUCCAACUCCUGGAAGCGAGAGGAAUAUACGCUGAUGUCAAAGCAAGACCCAAUCCUUAUAUGGUGGAAACCGUUUUUGGAAGAAUAUUGGUUUGCGUUUCCAGACUCCCUGUAACACCAUUGAAGGAAAGUGUGUGUGGAAUGUGGUGUUCCUUGGCAUGAUACUAUGGGCUGUGAAGAGUUUCAGAUUCUUCCGGUUGAUGAAGGAUAUCCAGAUGAUAUCACAUUGCAUCGCUCGGCUAAGUAUAAGAGAUGGAGACAGUGUUUGACUUUGUGGUUUCUUAUAUCAAUGUUGAGAUCUCUUUGUGUUCUUUUGGUGUGGGCGUGAGUUUUGCUACACUUGGGGAGAAGAGUACAGAGAAGGACAACAUAGUUGCACUUGUGAGACAUUCAACUCAAUGCCAAGGGUAAUGACGCUUACUCAGAGCUAGAAAGAUCUCAGCUAACUCUGAUCCAACGGUCCUUAGUGGGUACUGGGUUUAGUCUCAGAGAUCACCAUACUUGCCUUGAAACUUGAAAGGUUUGUUUAUCUCUGAACUAGCUCUGAUCCAACAGUCCUUACUGGGUGCUUGGUUUAGUCUCAGAGAUCACCAUACUUGCCUUGAAACUUGAAAGUUUCAUAUGCAACGACUCUGAGUGAAGUUGUUUGAAUGGUGUAUAGGUAGGAAGACGAGAUGGAAUCGGAUCUAGAGAAACUCUUUGUUGGUGGGAUUUCAUAGGACACAUGAAGAAAAGUUAAACCGGUUAUAAUGUUAA